CAACUAGUAAGAUGAUGGAAACAGCGAAAGAUUGCACCAACAGACUUGGAGCCCAAGCAGCAUUAUACAUCCUAUCUACAUGCAUAAUAGCAUACUGGUUUUACUUAUUCAUCGGUGUUGGAUUUCUAUUCGGAGUGAGCUUUGGGAUCAUCUCUUUACUCGUGUUCGAGUUCUACAUUGCAUACAAAUUGUUCAACUAUGAAGAUUAUCUCAAAACCUCAAAGGACAUAGAAGAUAAUAGGCUAUUCUGGAAAUAAAAGACUUGAAGGAUACCAAGAACUCAUAGAAAAAGAUAUCUCAGAACUCGGAAAGUAUAAAACCAAGCCUGAAAUAAAAGAAUCUUUAGCUAUAAAUACUGUGGAGUCACCCUUUGAUGAGGAAACCAAAGAGCUUGAACAACCAGUCAGGACCCACAGUGAGAAAAUGAAACAGAAGGUGAUUGAGAAGUCGCUACAUGAGCUUAACGACAAAAGUUCUGAUAUUAUGCUAACUGCCAGUUAUACUCCAGUUUCAAGAAAGGAGAAUCUUAAAAUAAUGAAUAAGAUCCUCCACAAAAAUGAUGAUCAAAAUUUUGAGGUUCAGUUUCAUUCUCGUUUGAACAAGUCAGAUAGCUACUUGAAAUACUUCAUUGACUUCUACAGGAGGGUUACAGAAGUAGAAUUUCAGAUGAACUUUAAAAGUAUAGUUGACCAAAAGACUAAAUAUUCUUUAACUAAGAAAAAGACUUUCCACAUCUUCAAGAAGGACAAUAAGUGGGUCCAGGUGCGAUUCCUACUCAAGAAUCUUGAGCAUUUACACCAAGAGAAUGCCAUCUUUAUUGAAAAUGUAGCCAAAGGACAGCUUGAAGCCUUCCUUUCUGUUAAAAAUGAGGAAUUUCAAACUUGUCAACAAGAUUAUGAUAAUAUCAAGAAAGACAAAUAUGACACUCUCACAAAAAUAGAAGAGUAUCAACUGAAAUAUUCUGAAUCUAAAUCUGAGCUUGAAGAGACUCUUCUUAAGUAUGAGAAGAUCAAGUCCAAAGGAAGUAAUUCAUACGAUAAGAUCCUUGAAAUGGAGAUGAAAGCCAAGCUUGCUCAAAAAACACUCCAUGAUCAUAACUCGACAAUAGUCGAGGCUAAAGAGAAUGUCAAGGAGCUCAGUAACGAAAUGGAGAUUCUGAAGGAGACAAUCCUGGCUAAACUCUCUUCUACUUAUCAAGAGAAGCUAGAGACCUUCUCAAGUACCGUCCACAGUGUCAUCGGGGCAUAUAUUGACUGAUUUACAGAGGCUGUUUCCGUUAUCGAGCAUGUAUUAUUCACUGAUCAACAAGAAUCAUCUUUGACACAAACUGAAAGACCAUCUAUAGUUGCAAGAGGAUUAUCAAAUAUGAACAACCUGCUUAAAUUUGCAUCACCCAUGGGCAAAGGCCAUAGCUACGAUGAUUUGGUCCAAGAGGAUACAGUCCAGACAAAAUCGUCCAUGAUAAUAAAAUCAGAUGCUUUCAAGAAGCUUCUCAAGACCACGAUUGAGGAAAUCAAUGUUGUCCUGAACGAUAUAGAAGAGGUAGAUUAUGUAAUCCAAAACUGCACUUCCAUCUUCCUAGACCAAAGUAUGAGAUAUGAGAAACUGCACUCUUUCAAGAAGUCCUACUACGAUGAGGAGACUAAGAAGAGCUUGGAAUGAGUAAACGAAGUCUUCAUUCACCUUUCACAGAGCUUUAAGAAAUGGGAAUCUCAGACAGAUCUCAAGGCUGAAAACCAUAAAAUCGAGGAAAGAAUUGGAGUAAUAGCAAGAAAAUGUGAACUAGAGUCCAAGCUUUUCAAGAAUGAAGUCAAAUGAUACGAGAAAAUUGAAUCAAAAAGUUCGAAGCAGCGGACAGUCGAAGCGUUUAAUGUUCUUCAGAAUAAAUAUGACAAAUUCAAGAACUGCUUCGUUGAGGCAAUCGAUAUGAUUAAAGAGCUGAAAGAUGUAAUGACAGAAAAGAUAGACGACAUGAGAUAUUCCUUUAUAGACCAGCUUAAAGAUUUCUAUGAGCUUGAAAUUUCAAAACUGAAUCAAAUUAGCCCAAAACCAUUAAAUUUUCAACAGAUUUAUGAAGAAAAUAAACAGCUGGCUCAGUCUCUUCCUAUCGUUGAAGAAGAGAAGGAAAAGAGGGGAAGGUACAACACAGAGUUAGAUAUUAGUGACCUCUCUCUCAACAGCGACGAUCUUGAGGAUGAAAUCCCUAAUAAAAUGAAGGUCACUGAUAGAGACAAUGAAGAGGAGCAGAAGCUCUCUAGGUCUCUUAAGGAAACACCAAGAAAGAUCUUGGACUUCAAUGCUUCAAAUAUUGAAGAAAUUAGCAGCACUAAUUUUAAUGAUUCUAUGCUUGAACUUUCCAUGUCGAAUGUAAAAAGGAAAGAUUCAUUCCAAGAAGAUCAACCCAGCAUGAUCAGAGUUUCUAACUUGCCUAAUGAGCAAAAAGCUACAACCAAAGUUCAGAUCUUAGAAGUUGAAGAGGAAAAAGAAGAGGAAUCGAAGCAGCUCAUCAAAGUAGAUGAUACUAUUGAUUUCUCUGAAGAACGAAUUAGUCCACCUGACGGGAUUGAGACAGCACAUUGGCUUAAUCAGCUUGCUAAGGUGGUAUACUCGUGGUAUACAGAUAAAAAAUCUGAAGAGCUGAGUGAUAUUUUGUGUAAACAGCUACAUAAAGUAUACAAUGAUGAUGAAAAGCCUGAGUUCAUUGGUGAAAUUAAAGUUCUUGAAGUCGCAAUUGGAGGAAGUGCUCCUACAUUCUUCUCAUUCCAAAAACUUGAGUCGGAGCCUCACCAAUUCUUAGGAGAUGUUGACUUGUCAUACAGAGGGACAGUAGACAUUACUUUAUCUACAGAAGUACAUUUAAAUUUCAGGAAAACUAAUUACGCCUUGAUUCCUAUCACUCUUAAAGUGAGAGUUAAAGGUGUCACCGGCAAACUAAGAAUAUUCCUAACCCAGGACUUUGAAAGAAUGAACUGGUAUUCCUUUGUAGGACAACCAAAAAUUAAUUUUGAGAUUGACUUGAUCCUUGGAAAAGACAACAAGCUUUCAUUUUCAAUCUUCCCAAAGAUCAAAAAAUUUAUUGAAGAUGUAUUCCAAAAGCAGUUAUACAAGUUCGUACUUCCUAACAAAAAGAGGUUGGAGAUGCCAUUUUUCCCUGACAAAAAACUGCUUUACUAAAUCACCAUUAAUCAACAACCAAAUUAUCUUUCAUCUCC